CUCCCACACUCCGCCCGCCCGCGCGAGAGACGUGAUGGCCGCGCCGCGUUCCAGUUAGUUGGUGGCCGGCUCUGGUGGCUUUACUACUCCAGCUCGUUCGCACGCUCGUCUCCCUUCAGCCGCCGCCGACGACGAUGCGCGCCGCCGACAGGUGAUCUUCAGCCAGCUCUUCUUACUAUUCCUUCUGCGCCGACGACUCCGGUCCAGUGACAGACAAACAGUACCACAUUCUUUGUGCAGUGCGACCGAUUGACACGUACGACUGUCCUCACUCCCGAGAGACACGCACGGGCACGACUCCAGCAGCACCGCCGGACACAUUCUUCAAGGUUGCGCCUUCCUGACGUACUUCAACCGGGACAGCGCGCUGACCGCCCAACGCGUUCUGCAUGAGCACACGACUCUGCCAGGGAUGAACCGUCCUAUUCAAGUCAAACCUGCAGAGAGUGAAAACCGCGGAGACGAUCAGCCGUUGUAAGAGGCACUCGCUCUCACUCACUCAGGCACCGCCCGAACUACUUCUUGACUUCUGCGAGUUUGGAAGUAGCGCGCCCACCCACCCGCCAUGUGUGGUGAACAGAAGAACGCAAGCUUUUCGUGGGUAUGCUAAGUAAGCAACAGACUGAAGAGGAUGUUCGACAGCUUUUCACGCCAUUCGGAACAAUAGAAGAGUGCACGAUUCUCAGGGGACCCGACGGAGCUAGCAAAGGUUGUGCUUUUGUCAAGUUCGGCUCGCACCAGGAAGCGCAAGCAGCUAUUUCUAACCUGCACGGUAGUCAAACUAUGCCGGGAGCCUCUUCGAGCCUAGUGGUGAAGUUUGCAGACACUGAGAAAGAACGCCAGUUGAGACGUAUGCAGCAAAUGGCCGGCAACAUGAGUCUCCUCAACCCUUUCGUUUUCAACCAGUUCGGCGCUUACGGAGCUUAUGCACAGUGCGACGGAUUGCAGCAGCAGGCAGCCCUGAUGGCCGCGGCUACUGCGCAAGGUACCUUCAUAAACCCCAUGGCGGCGCUCGCAUCCCAGAUGCCUCAUGGCGCCCUCAAUGGUAUGGCGAACCCUGUCGUGCCUCCUACCUCAGGAGCGGGUACAGGUCAGCCUGUGAACGGGGCUAUCCCCAGCCUUCCCUCCCCCACCAUGCCCAACUUCAAUAUGGCGGCACAAACCCCUAACGGUCAACCCACCCCAACCGACCCUGGGGUCUAUACUAAUGGCAUGCCACAAACGUACCCUGCACAUGGCCUUCACCUGUCCAUUUCAGCCCAAGGUAUGCCGAACGGAGAGGCGGCUCUGCAACACGCAGCCUACCCUGGAAUGCAGCCGUACCCCGGAGUCGCUUAUCCCGCAGUAUACGGCCAGUUCACGCAAGCUAUUGCCCAACCCAUUACGGCAGUUCCCCCUACUCAGAGGGAAGGGUGUUCGAUCUCGGGACCAGAGGGGUGCAAUCUCUUCAUCUACCACUUACCUCAAGAGUUCGGAGACGCCGAGCUUAUGCAAAUGUUCCUUCCGUUCGGAAACGUCAUCAGUUCAAAAGUCUUUAUCGACCGGGCAACGAACCAGAGCAAAUGCUUCGGUUUCGUCAGCUUCGACAACCCUGCGAGCGCCCAGGCAGCCAUCCAGGCUAUGAAUGGCUUCCAGAUCGGCAUGAAGAGACUCAAAGUGCAGCUCAAGAGGCCCAAGGACGCCAACCGUCCUUACUAACCUCACUUUCAACCUAGGGACCGAUCACUUUGUGUGAAUGGUGUGCCAUGCAAGAUUCGCUGAAAUGCUUCUACUUCUCGCUCGGUGACACUUCUUCGCCAGGAGCGUACUUUGCGGCGACGACGCCCCCUUCUUCGUAAAAUUAGCAAGAUUGAUUGGAUGCGAUUGCGGUUUAUCAUGAGAGAGAAGAAAUUUGCCACGUUGACGACGAGCGUUUGCACGGACAAUUGGCCGACGAAUCGUCGCAACUGCUUUUGUACAGCUUGCCAAAGAGUUUUAAGACGUUGUUCUCGCUGCCCGCGGAAAUCGGCGCCGAUCGCCCGCCACCGACGACGGCGGAAACGCAGAUGACCAAAGGAUUGAUUUGCGCCGCGAACGGACCUCACUGUGUGCAUUUUUAUGUCGUCGGAUAUACGAGUGGGCGAUUAGUCGACUGCGCGCGGAACAAAUCGCAAACAGAAAAAAAAUAUUCUGAUCAUGAUGAUGAACAGUGUUGACGUAUAUGCGCAUUAUUAUAUAUUAUUACUACUGACAAUUGAGAAAGAGAUGAUCAUAUAGUCAUUCUAGAGUUCUUUAGCGCGGGAGAAAACACACUCACACAACAUUACCCUUAGGCAAACUAACUACUAGUAGCGAGUAGGCGAGGAAUCGAGAUGAUAAAAAAGUAUUAUUCUUAAUUAAGGUUAAAUACAUAUACAUUAAAAAACGACAAGGUUUAAAGAGAGGAACCCAUCAGCCCCGAAGUUUCCUGCCCUGUAAUUGUAAAAAGUCGCUCUUUUACUCUAUAUUCCUGUCUCACUCUCUCUCACACACACACGCGAUUAUUAUGAUAAUAUGCAUAAAACAAUUCAAUGAUGAUGAUAAAUAAUUAAAAUAUUUACAUGACGAGGUUUAAAUGCUGUAAGAUAAAACAAGAGUGAUCCAUUGAGAUGCAUCUAGAUAAGCACUUUGACUUAUGAUUAAACAAAAUAUUGUUGUGUAAAAUUAAUUAAUUAAUUAAUUGACUAACAUUAACUCCAUCUCUGUGAAUUAUCACGAUUUUGUAUGAUUUCCCACCAACGUGCUGCCGCCACUUUUGUUGCUUGUUCAGCUGUGAUAAUUGCGCGCAUUUUGAGUGUUACACAAUCUCGCUGUGUUAAUUUUUAUUCGGCUCCUGCGUUGAUUGUUCUCCGACUGCAAGGUGUACAUUAGCCAAUUCUGUUGAUUUGUUAAAAACGGCGCACCGCCAAUCACUUUUCUCAGUUUUCUCGAAUGUUGUGUUAAUUUCCUGCAUUACGAACACACACACGUGUAAAAACUGAGGCUUAUAAUAGAGUUGUGCAAGCGGCAGAAGGAUUUAUUCAGUAAUUCAGCUGCCCAGAAUUUUUAUUGUAAAAUUAAGUCGAUUGAUUCUUGUUUGCUAAUAGUUAAGUCAGGGUUAUGAGCCGGCAGAAGAGCCAUUAUUUGCGUGUGGAAAUUAAACGGUGUGCAUUAUUUUCUAGUUCAUUUGUCCAGAGUACAAUAUUAUAUAAACAUGCGACUAAUUUUCCUCCAUUCCAUUAUUGGAAUUAAUUAGUAAUUUGACUUUUGAGUACUUAGAAGAAGCGUAAUUAUGUACAUAAAAAUAACCUCAAGCUACUCUCAGCAUUAUAUUAUAUGAAAAGCGUAUGAAGUUGAUCAUUAGCCAUACAUCUUGAAUUGCUAUUUAAGGUUAAAAAAGCAAAACAUAGCCUUACAAGGCUGACACACUGCUGUAAAAUGAGUUAUUUCGUGCGCGCAUCAGUUGACAGAAAAUAUCACAAGGUACAAAAAAAAAGUAAAGAAAUUUUGGUGGUCAAUGAUAUAUUUUUAUUAUCAGCGCAGGGCUAUAAACAUUUAGCAUACCUCUUUAGUCGAGUUGCUUUGAUCUCGCUACUUUCGGAUAUAAUUCUAGUCAGUCUCAUGAUGAGUGAAAAUUUUGAAAUCAAAAAGCCCGGAUUAGCAAAACGUUGUUGAGAGAAACUGCUGGCAGAAACAUUUCGAUGUCGUGUGGAAAGAUUCUUUGCUUUUCAGUAGUUUUGCGCAGUCACUUUUUAUUUAAUCGCGUUUCAAGAAGAAGGCGUUUGACAACCAGUGUAAGAGAGAUAUCAGUUUGCUGCUUAAAAUAUAAUCGAGAGAAACGAUGGGAUAAUAUCCUUAAUAGUCGCGAGAAUUUGUCUUUAAGGACUAGGUUUAGGUCUAUAAUGAUACGAGUAUAAAAAGAGGUUUCUUUUAGCGUCUCAGCGCGAGUUACUCUCUCUCACUAUCCCUUAAUUAUUGCUCUUGAUUAAGAAAAUCGUAAACUUAUUCUUGCAGUAGCUGAAGAAAGCAGUUCAGUCUGUUUAUCGAUAAGAUUCAACUU